GACAAGGAGGACGAGGACAUGUUCUACGAGGAGGGGCUCGACGACAAGGACCAGGCGUUCGUGGAUAAGCUACGCGGGGGCAGGCAGAGCGACGCGGUGCUUUCCUGCCCCGCUUGCUUCGAGACGGUCACGCUGGAUUGCCAGAGGCACUACAAGUGGGAGCAUCAGUACCGCGCGAUGUUCGUGCGCAACGUGAGGGUGGACACGAAGUCGCACCUCAAG